AUGGGGUGUUUCACUGUAAAGAAGAGCAAGAAGAAGAAAUCUGAUCAGUUUGCUUAUGUAAAACGCAUAAGCCGUAACGACCAUGCACCUUCGGUGCUUCCUGAGCCUCAAACUCCUACUCGUUCACUACAGUCUGCACCUCCUAGUUUUAGGACUAGAGUGAAACCCAUUCAACCUGUUAAUAAUAAUAAAGUUGCUAAUAAUAGAGCACGCGCAUUAUCUGCUCCAUCAACUCUUGAUGCAGCAGACCAAGAUGAUUUGGCCUCAAUUGAGUAUGAGGAACAAGAAGAGUCAAGAUACCGAGGAGGAGGAGGAUCAAUGAAGGAACAACGUUCUGCUAGUCCACAACCUUUACCUCUUCCAUCUCCGCAGGGAGGUAGUACACUGAAAGCUAUUAACAGCUUUAAGAUGGGAACUGCUAGUGGUCCUCUACAUGCAUCUGGACCUUUGCCGCUUCCACCUACUGGCUCACUUCGGAACUUUCCGUAUGAGGAAGUUGCUGCUGCCUGCCACAAUUUUUCUUCUGAUCGAUGCAUGUCUGAAUGUCUUUCAUCCACUAUAUACAAAGCUUACUUUGGCGACGAUCCUUCAAGUUCAAAGAAAUUUGAAGCCACGGUCACACGUCUUCACCCAUCAUCUCAGGGCUUGAAGGAAUUCAUAAACGAGGUCAAUACUCUCGCAACUUUGCAACAUCCAAACCUUUGUAAAUUACUAGGAUUUCACGCACGUGAUAGUUCAGAACAUAGAAUGUUGGUCUAUGAAAGGCUAUACCAUGGAAGCUUGGACCGCCUACUAUAUGGUAGAUCUGAUGGACCAUCAAUUGAUUGGAAUACAAGAAUGAAAAUUGCAAUGUGUGCUGCACAAGGUCUUACUUUUUUGCAUGAAGAAGGUCCUUUUCAGGCAAUGUAUAAUGAAUUUUCGACAGCCAACAUACAGAUCGACAAAGAUUUCAGUGCUAAGCUUUCCGGGUAUGGUUGCGUUGGACAUAUUCCUGAGGAAGAAAUUUCAAGCAGUUCAUCAGCUGUUGGAAACCUAUCAAUGGAGACACUGGAGAAAGGAAUGCUCACACCAAAGAGCAAUGUGUGGAGCUUUGGAAUUUUCCUUCUGGAAUUACUUACCGGAAGAAAGAAUCUCGAUAGUCGCCACCCCAAGGAAGAGAGAAAUUUAGUCAAAUGGAGCAGACCUUUCUUAGCUGAUAAUUAUCGUUUAUCAUUGAUCAUGGACCCUCAACUCAAAGGCCGCUUUCCAUCCAAAGCAGCAAGAACAAUAGCCGACAUUGCACAAAGAUGCCUUCAAAAGGAGCCAUCAGAUCGACCCACUAUGAGAACUGUUGUCGAGCAUCUCAAAACGAUACAGGAUUUGAAGUACUCUUGCAGGUUCCCACUCCAAGAACCGGCACCAUUAUCCGGAAAAGAAAUGUUCAGAUCACCGAGUCUGAAUGGUAUCAUAUGCCCUGCACCUAGGUUGAGUUUCUCUCCUUCGCGACCGUCUAUAGCCCCGCUAGCUGUUUCGCCUCCAAGAUGGUCCGACGUGCCUGUCCCUCCACCUAGAGCUUGUUCGACUCUCUCUUUGGAAGAGCUUGAAAGGCAAGAAAGCCGUAUGUCAUCGUCCUCGGCCUCUAGGAGGGUAGGUGUUGAAGGAUUUUUACUGUCUAUAUAA